CGAAACCCGUCGGUUUUCAACUGAGGCUUGCUUAAGAAAGAAAGCAAGCAAGCAAGCGAGGGGGAGGGUGUAUCUCCACGAACAUUUGGUAGUUGAGAGUGAAGCCGAGUCGAGGCGGCGUUUCAUUGCUCAGCGAUGCAGCAGUUCAGAAGCGGAGUUGUGCAGGAGAGUUGCUCGGUUUCCAUUUAUUAUUUUUUAAUUAUUUGUUAACCCCCAGUGUCCUCACUGCGGGUCCGGUCCGUCUCCAUGUGCCACCGAUGGGAAAUCAAAUCGACCGGAUCACCCACCUGAAUUACAGCGAGCUGCCCACCGGGGACCCCUCGGGCUUGGAGAAGGAUGAGCUGAGGGUGGGGGUCGCUUACUUUUUCUCGGACGAGGAGGAUGAGGGGGACGAGCGGGCGGCGGCGGCGGCGGUGCCCCCGCCAGCACCAGCCGGGGCGGCGGGGCUGCAGUGGAUGGAGGAGUCGAGCGUGGCCGGGGCUGAGGUGGUGGCGCCGCCGCCGCAGCAGCCGCCGCAGGUGCCUCCAGGGGGCGGUGUCGCCGGAGAGCUGGAGUACUCGGCCUUCUGCCGCCAGGAGUGCAUCUUCUCGAAGCUGAGCGGCAACCAGGACCUGCAGGUGCACGCCAUCAACGCGCUGCUGCCCCGCUGCCGGGCCGGCGACCUGUUGGAGCUCACCGUCAACGGCCAGGCCGCCCACUGGGCCGUCUACGUGGGCGGCGACCAGGUGGUCCACCUGCAGCAGCAGGAGAUCCGGCUCGACCACCUGGCCGAGGUCGGGGCGGCGGCGGGGGGAGGCGGCAGGGCAGGCCGCAUCGUCAACACCUGGUACCGGUACCGGGCCCUGCCGCCCGAGCUGGUGGUGCAGAACGCCCGCGGCCACCUCGGCCUCAAGGGCCGCGACAUCUGCUGGACCGACUCCGAGAGCUUCGCCGCCUGGUGCCGCUUCGGCAAGCGGGAGUUCAAGGCGGGCGGCGAGGUGCCGGGGGGCGGCGGCGGCGGAGGAGGAGGAGGAGGAGGAGGAGGGGGCGAGCGCCGCUACUUCCUCAAGCUGCACCUCUCGGACAACUGGGUGCACACCCUCAACUUCGCCAGCCUGCAAGAUCUGAUCAGGGAAAAGCGCCGGAAAGACGCCUGCGGGAAAAUACGAGUGCUCAAAGAGCUGUCCAUACUCAACCACAAGUAGCACUCUCUCUCUGGUUCCCCCUCUCCACCUGUCUCUUUAUUUCUCUUCCUCCUCUCUGCCUGUUUAGAUUUCCUUCCCCAACUCUCUGCUAUUAUUUCUCAUCUUAUCCAUACCUUCUCUGCCUCUAUUAUUCCUCAUCUUUCCCCAUUUCUCCUCUUUGCCUUUCCUCCUGAUCUGUGAUCUCAUCUCUCUGCCACUUCUCCUUCCCUCUGUCUCUAUUAUUCCUUCUCUUUCCCUGUUUCACCUCUUCACUUUGCGUCCUCUCCUUAUUUCUCCUCUUCACCUUUACUCCUGAUCUAUGAUGUCUCUCUCUGCCUCUUUAUUUUCUCUCCUGUCUCUGCCUCUAUUAUUCCUCCUCCUUCUUUCUCCUCUUCGCCUUUCCUCCUGAUCUGUGAUCUCUCUCUCUCUCUCUGCCUCCUCCUAUUUAUCCUCUUUUCCCCUUUCCCCUCUCUGCCUCUGUUAUUCAUCCUCUUUCACUAUUCCUCCUCUUUGCCUCUUUAUUUUUCCAGUAUGUUACCCUGAGAAGAGUUUAUUUCCCGCCCCGGCAAUUAUAAAGUCAGAGACCAAAUUGAAGGUUACCAGCUCCACUGACUGGCGGAAAACACUCAGACUACUAAGGUGUGAACUUGACCACGUACUGUACACUUUUUUUUGUAACUGCCAGUUUCUUAAUACAGCCCAGUGUUCUCAUUCCUUGUGCCAUAUUUUUCUUAUGUUAUCGUUUGAACCUGGACAUUGAAAUGUUUAUAUUUAGAAGUAAUGUUUUUAUCUCUUCAAAUGUCCUCUAUGUGCAGGAAACCUUUUGUUACUAUCUUUAUUCAAACUAAGUUCUUAGUUUUGCAUUGCGUUUGUAUUUGGGUGAGGUUAGGGUGCUAAUGUGGAAUUUCAGACUUAGAAAUAGCAAAUUAAAUGAAAGAGGCAAUGCUCAACUUUGAGAUUUCACCACUCCAAUUUUCCUGUAACUUUUCCGAAGGGAUGUUAUGGGGAUGGUGCUUUAUAUUCUAUUACUAAAAUAGCACAAAAAUAACAUUGAUAAUGUGGCUGCGACAUGUCAAAAAGAAUGUGCGUUCUUAAGCUCUGGAGACUGUCUAACACUCAGAUCUCCUUGUCAUAGUCUGUCAAAACAUUUGACACAGUCUGACAGAGCAUAUCAGUCCCUUUGAGCCAAACGCAGAGCAACAUUGGUCAAAAGUUUGGACCAUACAAAUUUCAGCUUGGGUGCAGUAUGGGGAGCUUUGCUGUCCAGUAUUCUGUGGCACUAGUGAGUAACACUAAGUGGGAAGCUCUGGAUUGCAGGAAGAAUAAUACUUUUAUUCGGAGUAUUGUUAAUGUGCAAAUAUUUGCACAUGGCAAUCCCCCUUUUUUGUUUUGUAUUUUUGUGCUUGCCCAUAUUUUGGACAUUUUCACUUUAAGAGGGAUAUAUUAGCCUUGGGUGAAAUGCAAAAUAGGUUUACUGAAAUGAUAUCUGGAUUCCUGAGUUUCAUGAAGCAGAGGUUGUACAAAUGUGUUACAUUUUUGUGGAAUUUAGAUUUAAGGGAUGGUGGCUUCAUUGAAGUUUUUAUAUUAAAGAUGAGCAGACAGCAGCCAGGCAUAUUUCUGUUGAUUGUGGAUUCUAGAACUAAGUGAGAAUAAUUUUAAAACCGAUUGUACCUUUCUGGGUGGUACAAGUUUGAAACUCUUCCACAACUGGCCAUUUAUGUUGAAGCAGUUAUAAUUUUUAAUUGCAGCUUUUGUUUUGUUAUCCAAAGGUGUUAAGAGAUAUUGGACAAAAGAAGUAAAAAGCUGGCUGUCGUGAUCUCGCCGAGAGGCUAAAAGACGGUUCUGUUUCAAAUAUUCACUUCAUGUAUGGCUGUCAAGUGACUUGUUACAGGUCACUGGAGUUUACUGAUUGCUCAUGUGAUCCAGUGUGCUGCCCACAGGAGCGGGGUGGGGUUUGGGGAAAGCAUUGCUCUCUGGCUUUCUGAACAGUGAAAGCUACACUGAGGCUGCUUACUCAAAGUGGUUGAAGAACCUAUAAUCUCUAGUCAGCGUCUUUUUUUUAGACCAAAAAUGAACAACUACCCAUAGUUUCCACUUGAUACUAAUUUUUUUUACAGAUACUGCUCACAAGGCCCCCACACCCUCCCCAUGGAGUGGGCGGCAGACACUUCUGGGCUCCCCAGAUUUAAUAGUAUAGGGAUGAAUACCAUACAUUGCUGUAUGUUAUGCUAUAAUGACGGAGAACAUUAACAUCCUUGAUGCUUUUUUAAAGCAGCAAAAUUCAAACAUUGCUUCUGCUCGGUAUGGCUGAGCAUGUUAAAAUCACCAAGUUCUUUAAAAUUUGCUCAGUGUGAACUCACUAGGACUUUCUCUGGCCAGUCUUUGAUCUUCCUCUCAGUUAUCUCGUAAAGCUUUGCAGUGAUGGAACCACAAGUUAGAAGUAGAAUUUAUAACAAUUCUUUAGUUAAUUCAGAACCUAGAUUGUAAUGGAACAGGCUAAAUUAAAUGACUUAAUUUUUGUUGUAAUUUUCUUAUUUGUAGUGGAUGCAUUGCCUGUUUUUCACCUGUUGUGCUGUUUCUGUACACGUUGGAUUGUAAUAUUGGCAGAUUGUUUUUGCUGUCUUGUAAGUUUUGGCACAGAGCCCACUGCUGGUUAAAAUAGUAACAUGAACAACCGAUACCCUAUGAAAGAGUAAGACCUAAUUCACUUGUAGUUAGAGAUAUUAAGUGCAAAAAAUACUGUUUUUGAACUAUUUUUAUUAUGCAUUACCACUUAACUAGAUCUGUGAUCAUUUUCACAUUCAAUAUUGCCCAAGUAUUCUCUCUCUUUUUGCCCCCCCCACCUCAAAAUUACUGUUUUCUACACUCUGCUCUUAAGUGGCAUCUCUGGAAUUUCAUUAGAACUGUUGCAACUUUUUGAAAUUUGAUUAAAUACUUUAAUAAGUCAUAAAAUCGUAGGCCUGUGGUAAAGGAGCUGUUAUUAUUAUUGUAACAAAAAAAUCAUUAAAUUCACAUUAAAGGAAAUUCCUUCUGCCAGUAACAUGCAUUUCAUAGGAAUGUCAAAGCAGGAAAUUUUUACUGUUGUUUGAAGAGUACUGUACAAUAGACUGUUCAUGGAGAUGUUGCCUACUUCACUCCCCUAAUUAUAUCCUUCGAUGCUAUGUAUUGAGAUUACUGCAAAGGAAUGUCUGACUAGUUUGCCACUACCCUUAUGUAACUACUCGAUUAAUCAUGUUUAUCUUUUUUAAUAAUUUAACAGAAAAUAUAUUAACUAGCUUAGUCAGUUUUUAACUGAUCGAAGGCAUAGUUCCAAUGAUCCCUCAAUUGUCAUAAGACCGACCAAGUUGAAGGAGUAGAAGGUUGACUAAAAUUGAGAAAAGAGAGACUGUCUCCAGUCAGGCUUUUAUUGAACCUAACCUGUACCAACUGAUCUGUGAUAAAGCAAUCUGCCCUUGUGGAGUGACAAGCAUGAAAAAAUGUCAUUAAAAAAAUUCCAAACUAAUAUUUUCUUUUGGACUGCAAAAGGAAAAUGAAAGUUUAUGAACCAAACUCAAUGCAGUUAGAAAACCAGGCUUUUGAAAAUGGUAGUUUUUGGGGCAUCUCAUUGCUUCUGUAAACUAAUUUUGUUUCAGCGACUACAUCUGGUAAUUCAUAUUUUGUUAGUUGCUGUUAGUUUUGUAAUGACCUCCAUCUGAACAUCUGCACAAACCAUAACAUUUCUACUCUUUAGCCAAAGUGUGGAAUCCAACUAUAGAACCUCAACCCAUUUCUGUUUUCCCUUGGAGGAGUAGACAGAUAUUUUUGUGUUUACUUCUCCCAAUGACACAUCCUAACCAUUUGCUCAACAGUAGGACUGAUUUAAAGCUUUGACUUAGAAUAUUUAAUGCCAGUAAGUCGUCCAAAUUCCCCUGAAUAAUUUAGCCAAAUCAUCUAAAUCUGAUUUGCAUAGCUAGUAAUGUACAACUCUGUUCCAGUUGUCUAAUUUGGUUGCUUAUUUUUCAUUAUCCAACCAUGAAUAUAAAUAAGAUUAAUGCAGAAAG